AUGUUGUGGUCAGAGGUGGAGGAGGAGGAAGGGGGGGAGUGGUAUGGUCUGUGGUCAGGAGUUGAGGAGGACGAGGGAGGAGGAGCGUGUAUGUUGUGGGGAGGAGGAAGGGGAAGCAGUUUGUAUGUUGUGGGGUCCGAGGGACGGAGGGGGGGUGGGAGGGGGAGGAGGAGGGGAGGGCAGGGGGAAGCAGGGGAGGAGGAGGAGGGGGAGGGAGGCAGUGAUUUGGGGGUUGUGGUUUCAGGAGUCCGAGUGAGGGGGGAGGCGGGAGGGGGAAAAGAAAGCAGUGUUUGUUCAUGUUGUGGGGGGAACAGGGAGUUGUUGUGGGAGGGAGGGGAGGAGGGAGGGGAGGGGGAGGAGGGGAAGCCAGUGGUUGUUUGGUUGUGGGUCCAGGGAGGUUGUUGGUGGAGGAGGGAGGAGGGGGAGGAGGGAGGAGGGCGGGCCAGUUGUGGUUUUGGUGUUUGUGGGUACCCAGAGGUUGUGUGGGAGGAGGGGAAGGAGGAAGGGGUGAGUUGGUAUUGUUGGUGGGGACAGAGUUGUGCGGGGAGGAGGAAGGGGGAGGAGGAGCAAAGGUGGUUAUGGUUUGGUGGGACAGGGGAGGUCGUGUGGGAGGGGAGGAGGAAGGGGAGCAGGGUUGAUAUGUUGGUGGACAGGAGUGUGUGGAGGGGAGGGAGGGGAAGGGGGAGGGGAGGCAGUUUGUGUUGUUGUGGACCCAAGUGUGGUGUGGAGGAAGGAGGGGUGGGUGGAGGGGCAGCCAGUGUUAUGUUGUUUGGUUUCCUUCAGGGAAGGGGAGGAGGGGAGGAGGAGGGCGGCGUCCUGGUGUUUGUUGUUUGUGGUCGAGUGUUUGUGGAGGGGAGGAGGAGGGUAGGGAGGAGGGAGGAGGGGAGCAGAGUGAAGGGGAGGGAGGGGGAGGAGGGGGAGGAGGAGCCAGUGUUAUCGGUUUGUUGGGGGGGGGACAGGGAGGGUGUGUGGAGGAAGGAGGGAGGGGGGGGGGGAGGGAGCAGGGUUUUGUAUGGUUGUUGGGGUUCCAGAGUGUGUGGGAGAGGAGGGGAGGAGGGGGAGUGGCAGUUGUUAUGUUGUUGGGGUGGGGACAAGUAUCGAGUGUGUGGAGGGGAGGAAGGAGGUGGGAAAGCCAAUGCUAUGUGGUUCGGUUCAGGGCGAGUGUGCGGAGGAGGAGGGGAGGGAAGGAAAAAAAAGGGCCAAGAGGCAGUUGGGAGGGGAGGGGAGGGAGGGGUCGGGGGGGGGGGGGGGGGGGGGUGGGGGGGGGGGGGGGGGGGGGGGGGGGGGGGGGGGGGGGGGGGGGGGGGGGGGGGGGGGGGGGGGGGCGGGGGGGGGGGGGGGGGGGGGGGGGGGGGGGGGUGGGAGGGGGGGGGGCGGGGGGGGGGGGGGGGGGGGGGGGGGGUGGGGGGGGGGGGGACGGGGGGGGGGGGGGGGGGGGCGGGGGGGUGGGGGGGGGGGGGGGGGGGGGGGGGGGGGGGGGGGGGGGGGCGGGAGGGGAGGGAGGGGGCAGGUUGGUUAAUGUUUGGUUGGACAGGAGUUUGUUGUGGGGAGGGAGGGGGGGAGGAGGAAUGGGGGAGGCAGUGUGAUUGUUUGUGGGUCACAGAGUGUGUGGGGAGGAGGAGGCAGGAGGGGAGGGUGGACGGCAGUUGUAUGUUUGUGGACCAAGGGGGGUGUGUGUGGGGCUGGGCGGGGGAGGGGGAGGGAGGAGGGGGGAAAGCAGUGUAUGUUGGGGGUCCAGGUGAGGAGAGGGAGGGAGGAGGAAGGUGGAGGCAAGUUGGGGUAUGGUUUGUGGAAUACAGACACCCAAGGACGUUGAGGGGGGGGGAGGAGGGAAGGGUGGGAGGAAGCAGUGGAGUGAAGGAGGAGGAGGAGGAGGCCCUAGGGAAAACAGAAAGUGUUUAUUUUGUGGUUUUCCAGGGAGUGAGGAGGGGGAGGGGGGUGGGGAGGGAAGAGGCAGGGUUUUGUGUUGUGGGGGGGGGGGCCAGUGUGUGUGGGAGGGAGGAGGAGGGAGGAGGCAAAGUGUGGUGCGGGGAGGGGAGGGUGGAGGGAGGAAGGAGGGAGGGAGGGAGGAGCAGGGGCCAGGUGGUGGCGGUCCUUGGUGGGUCCCCAGGGAAGGUGUGUGGAGGGAGGGGGAGGGAGGGAGGGGAGGGAAGGAAGGAGGGGUCAGUGGUGUUGUUAGUUGGGGUUUCAGGGGGAGUGUGUGGGAGGGAGGAGGGGGGGAGGAGCAGUGUUAAUGUUGGUGGGAAACCAUGGAGUGUUGGGGGGAGGAGGGAGGGAAGGGGGGGGAGCCAGUGUAUUGUUGUGGUUCAGGGUUGUUGGAGGAGGGGGAAGGGGAGGAGGGGGGAGCUGUGUAAAAGGUUUGUGGUGAAAACAGAGGUUUGGGGGGGGAGGAGGGGGGAGGGGAGGGAGGCCAGUGUUGUUGUUUUGGGACAGGAGCAGGAGUGUGUGGGAGGGGAGGGGGGAGGGAGGAGGGGAGGGAGGGUGUAUGGGUUGGUGGUCAGAGGUGAGGGAGGGAGGGGGGAGGAGGGGGGGGGAUAG